GAGCCGGAGCUCAGAGGCCCUGAGAUUGUCACCAUGGGCGAGAACGACCCGCCGGCCACCGAAGCCCCCUUCUCCUUCCGUUCGCUCUUUGGCCUUGACGACCUGAAGAUAAGUCCUGUGGUGCCAGACGCAGACGCGGUGGCCGCGCAGAUCCUGUCGCUGCUGCCCUUGAAGUUUUUUCCAGUCCUCGUCGUGGGGAUCAUCGCGCUGAUACUGGCGCUGGCCAUUGGCCUGGGCAUCCACUUCGACUGCUCUGGGAAGUACAGGUGCCGCUCCUCGUUCAAGUGCAUUGAGCUGUCUGCGCGGUGUGACGGGGUCUCCGACUGCAAGCAAGGGGAGGACGAGUACCGGUGCGUCCGGGUGAGCGGCCAGCACGCGGCGCUGCAGGUAUUCACAGCUUCUGCGUGGAGGACCGUGUGCUCCGAGGACUGGAGAGCGCGCCACGCCGAGGUCGCCUGCGCCCAGCUGGGCUUCCCAAGCUAUGUGAGCUCCGACGACCUCAGCGUGGACCUGCUGGAGGAGCGAUUCCAGGGGGACUUCGUGUCUGUCAAUCACCUCCUGCCAGAUGACAAGGUGACGGCGCUGCAGCACGCGGUGUACGUGAGGGAGGGAUGCGCCUCGGGUCGUGUGGUCACCUUGAAGUGCACAGCCUGCGGCCUGAGGCUGGGCUACAGGGCGCGCAUCGUGGGUGGAAACGCGUCGGCGCUGGCGCAGUGGCCCUGGCAGGUCAGCCUCCAGGUCCAGGGCUACCACCUGUGCGGGGGCUCGGUCAUCACGCCCCUGUGGGUCGUCACCGCCGCCCACUGUGUCUACGACCUGAACCUGCCCACGUCCUGGGCCGUCCAGGUGGGCCUGGUUUCCCUGCUGGACAGCCCGGCCCCCUCCCACCUGGUGGAGAAAAUCAUCUACCACAGCAAGUACAAGCCCAAGAGGCUCGGCAAUGACAUUGCCCUGAUGAAGCUGGCCGGGCCCCUCGCCUUCGACGAGCUGGUGCAGCCGGUGUGCCUGCCCAACUCUGAGGAGAACUUCCCGGAUGGGAAAGUGUGCUGGACGUCGGGAUGGGGGGCCACGGAGGACGGAGGAGACGCCUCCCCUGUGCUGAACCACGCGGCCGUCCCCCUGAUCUCCAACAAGGUCUGCAACCACAGGGAGGUCUACGGCGGCGUCAUCUCGCCGUCCAUGCUGUGUGCCGGCUACCUGAGGGGCGGAGUGGACAGCUGCCAGGGUGACAGCGGGGGCCCCCUGGUGUGCCAGCAGAGGAGGCUGUGGAAGCUGGUGGGAGCCACGAGCUUCGGCAUCGGCUGCGCCGAGGCGAACAAGCCGGGGGUCUACACCCGCAUCACCUCCUUCCUGGACUGGAUCCACGAGCAGCUGGAGAGGGACCUGAAAACUUGA